AUGGAUUCUCAAAAAACCUUCUCUCCUCAUGUCCUAAUCUUCCCGUUACCACUACAAGGCCCCGUUAAUGGCAUGCUCAAACUAGCCGAGCUUCUCUGCCUCGCCGAUUUCCAUGUCACCUUCCUCAACACCGACCAUGUCCAGCACUGUCUUCUCCGACACACAAACAUCCAGUGUCGUUUCAUUCGCUAUCCGAAAUUUAGAUUUCGAGCCAUCGGAGAUGGCUUGUCUGAAGUCCACCCGCGGUCCGGUGAUCUGUUCAUGGAGCUGGUUGAUGGAAUGGAAGUUGUGACAUACCCACUUUUCACGGAGAUGAUUGGAAUUCCACUGAUAUACUUCGAUACAUUAAGUCCUUGUGAUAACUUGGAUGCCAAGAUAACAUGUGUACCGGGCAUGGAGGGUUUUCUCCGGCGUCGUGAUCUUCCCAGCUUCUGUAGAUCCAGUGACUUGACUGACCCUAUUAUCAAACUAGUUUUGAACGAGGACCAAGAACUCCCAAAAGCCCAAGGUGUGAUUAUCCACACAUUUGAAGAGCUAGAAGGAACAUUGUUGUCUCACAUGCGCAGUCUAUGCCCAAACCUCUACGCCAUUGGUCCUCUACACACCCAUCACAAGGUUAGACUUGGAUCUUCAAAGGCUAUAUUUUCGAACAGCUUAUGGGAAGAAGACAAGAGCUGCUUGGCCUGGCUCGAUGCACAGCCAUUAAAUUCUGUGAUCUUUGUGAGCAUUGGAAGUCUUGCUGUGAUGACCAAAGACCAGUUACUGGAGUUUUGGUAUGGUUUAUUCGAUAGUGGCAAGCUGUUCUUGUGGGUCAGACGGCCUGGUUCCAUCGCCGGGGACUGUACUGAAAGUAUGAUUCCGGUUGAACCCUUAGAAGGAACAAGGAAAAGAGGAUGUAUUGUGGGUUGGGCUCCACGGGAAGAGGUUUUGGCAAACCCGGCGAUCGGUGGGUUUUUGACUCAUAGUGGGUGGAACUCGACUCUGGAGAGUAUAGUAGCCGGAGUUCCGAUGAUACGCUGGCCGUACUUUGUUGACCAGCAGGUGAACAGUAGGUUUGUGGGGGAGGUUUGGAAGCUUGGGUUGGACAUGAAAGAUACUUGUGACAAGGUUAUUGUGGAUGUGCCUUCAAGAUCCUGCACAAUAUAA